CACUGUUCAUUGGCCCUAACAGAUGAUUGACACCAGACCGACCUGGAGUAACAGAGCAGUCAUAGAAUUACGGCCACAUAGCGCAUGAUCUCAACAAAAUCAUGUCAAAGCACUUUAGCAAAUCGACAACAGUUUUACACUUUGACGGAAAGGCCUCGAUACAAAAGUCUCAAGAGCGACAAGAUCGGGCCAUACCCCUCAGCAACCGGAUCAAGGCUCUGGAGGUGCGAGUUGACAACGCCAUAGGAAAAAACAGCGGCUCUUUGGGCCCCCUGUACAAGCAAUGUCGAAACUCGUACAAGACAUCCAAGGCAGCGCUGGCAGACAUAAGAAAUGUGCUGGAGACCUUGGAGUGGCACAUCUGCGAAUGUCCCUUCCAAGCAGACACGCACAUUGCUGAGUUGUGUCAAGCUGAUAACAACAAAGACGACCUCGCAAUCAUUACCGCCGACAGUGAUAUGAAGGUAUAUCAAGGUGUUAGAGAAAUCACUAUACCCGUCGGAAAGUACCGAGAGCUUACCACGUACAAGAAGGCUGACCUGCUCGAGUCUCUAGACCUUGCAUGUGACCGUGAGCUGUUGCUGGCAUCAAUCAUUACUAAGAAUGACUACUCCAAGGCACUCCCGUGGCACGGCUUCCAAAGAAAUAUCAAGAUCGUCCGAGAGAUGAGGACCGAGACCAGAGUAGGCGAUGGAUCGACCAUGGACGCGCCAGGAUCCAAGACAACUGAGGCUGAGGUUAUCAAGGAGCUGAUCCAGAAGUAUUUACAACGGGCGAGAGGGGGACAAAACAAGAGUGUGGACGACUACACCCACGCCAUUUCGGCUUUCGUUCAAGUGCGUGAAGACUAUCUUGACUCCGCUACGCCAUCGUGCACGAUCCACGAGAAAAUACGGGGCAUACUCCAGAAGCUCGAGAAGUGCAAGCUGCAAAGGAGAAAUAUGACUCGAGCCUCGCGGACAAAUCCUCCAGCCGACACACUCGCCAGCGACACUUCUGCAGGCUUGGCGUUUCCUUCCCCUGUCCAACACAGCCUGCAGACGCCUGGACAGCAGACGGUUCUUCAGGCCCGACGCCGUCGCCGCAGACACGAGAAAGGGAACGCCCAGCAACGGAGAAAGCGACGCCCCAAAGGCAAAGUAAGACGUAAGAAAGUCCGGGAGGCAAAAUGGAGACGAAGCAGGUACAAGAGCAGGAACGGAGAUGCCAACCCUCGUUAUUCCCCUCAUGUUGUCAUGGACGUCAGCCAGUCAUGCUCGGUCGACAAGAUCACAUUAGAAAAGAUGUCCAUCGAGGAACCGCGCCUGCGGAAGAAGAAGGACGGAAGCAUGGAUGAUAAUCCUAAGGCCAGGAGUGAAAUCAAGGCGAAACCCAAGAAGGACGAGGAAAAUGAUAAAACGGAGAGGCGAGCCGGAGCUAACCUGACUAAGCGCCUGUUCGGAGAGGCUUUCAAGACUGCCACAAUGACUGCAGGGUCGAUCACAGGAUGCCUGCAUCGCGCCACGAAGCUGAACGUAGUCCAGACCAAGAUCGUCGCGGAACGCAUCAGCGAGACGGCCCGCAUCAUGAGCCAAACUCGUAUCCUCGUGUUUAAAGCGCUCGAACUUUUUCUCUACAAGGAGGUCAGCACUGCCACCAUAUCCAAUUCAGAUCAAGCGCGUUCGGCACCAGACCAGAACUUGGGCACUGAUGUCAAUCAAGCGAGUGCUCCGAAAGUCCAGCACAAGGAGGAAAAGAACGCGGACCCACUUGAUCUCAUUCUGCACAAGGCACAUGGAGAAACUAUCAUCAGAAGUCUGAUCUCUUUGAUUCUGAAUGGUCCAGUAGCACCCCGCGGGAGACUACCUAAAGACUCGGCGGCAAUUCAGGCGAAAACAAUUGCGCGCUCGAUUUAUGACGAUUUCCUGAGCGUUCUUUCAGAUUGCGUACCGACAAAGGACUGCCCUGAGCGUCAUCCAGGCGGAACUGGCGGUGGAGGUCCGGACCGCGGUUCGGGAACAUUCCCAGAGACUGCCCAAGUUCAUUGUGAACAAGCUGAAGCGUGCUCGUUUCUUCACGAUGAUAUACCUCCAGUUGAGGAUGACGAGAGCUCCGACGGCGAUAAACAGAAAGACAAGGUGUCAUUUAAGAAGGGGCACAUCCAAACUUGGUGGAGGUACUUUCUCCGUAUGCCGUCGGACUUGCGUCCUAUUUUCUGUCCAGUGUCGAAGUUGGGAGACUCUUUCAUCUUGUGCUCUGAGGCUGCCAUUCUUUCACUUCUUUGGGGCAAUCCAAAUUCAAAGACGCACCCUACACGGCAUAUCAUGGAAACUCAAGUCUGCUCUUCCGAGACGGCCCACGAACUUGCAUCAGAGAAAUAUGGGGAGCUUUUCCGACAAUUGUUUAUCGGAGACAAGGUCGAGAUCAAGGCGGAUCCCCUCAAGAACCAGACUUCAUAUGGCAAGAAAACAACGACCAUGAACCGAUUGCUGAAGGACCAUCCAAACACAUACGGCCAAGCUGCACUCGAUGGGUACAUGAAGAGAGUCUUUUCAAAUCACAAGGCUAGGAAACAAGCAGCUGCCGAAGGCACGGAGCCCCCCGUGCCCCCCGAUCUCCCAAGCAAUGACAGCGUUAAGGAGUACUAUGCCAUCAGCAAUAUGAUGAGAACAGACGGAGUCCAGCUCCACCUAAUGGCAUUUGACAUCCAACGACGUUGGCAGUCAUCCAAAUUUAAGGCGCGGAUCCCGGAGAUUACAUCGCGAUUUCCUAAUAAAGGGUCUCUCGCAAAGGCUUUCGAUCAAGACCUCCAGAAUGUUGUGGGGGUGGGGGUGGACCCCGGUGAAGUAAUUUCAGCAUCAUUUUGUGCGCUGGACCCCCGAAAACCGAACCAGGUCACGAACCUGCCUAUCAGACGCUCCGCUCUCUACAGUCCCAACUUGUCAUUCAGAGCCACGCUGGAGGCCAAAAAACGCGAACGGGCCACUGUCACAAUCAAAGACGAUGCAGGAUUGAGUAGGCACAUAUGCGAGACGCCUAGCAUAUUGGAAUUGGAAGCCUCGCUACCGUUGUCGUCGUUCGUAAGCAUGGGAGAACACCGGCAUGGCCUCCGACAGUUCAGCUAUGUCCUACAACCACUUUGCGAUUUUUACGGAUCCCGUUCGAUGAAAAAAAAAGCUGUGGGAGCUCAAAAAGACGAACCGGGCAGAGAAGGAUCAUGCCGUGCAUGGGGCAUUGCGAACUGUGGACCCACAAAGCGGGAUGCAUACUGGGCCAACGAGACCGGCGAUGUUUGUAUACGGGCCAGGAAAGUUCAACACCCAUACCAAGCUGGCAUCGCUACACGAGAGCUUCAAGGGGUAUUUUUUUCACAAGGCAAACAGCCUCGGGUACACCGCCGUUUGUUCGGAUGAGUAUCUCACGUCAUCGAAAUGCCCAAGCUGUGUACGACAAAACAAGGACCGAAGAAUGGCAAAGCCAGCGAAUCGGGCGUUCGUCUGCCUUGAGGAUGGGUGCCAGAGAUGGCUAGACAGAGACUGCGUGGGCGCUCAGAAUUUGGCUAAUAUUGGCCUCGAAUGGAUCAGUAGCCUGUCUCGCCCAGAGCCCCUUCGCCGACCCCAGCAAGAAUAACUGUACUGGCCGUAUCAGUUAAAAUUUAUCCUACAGUCCUUUUUGUGAAAUAGCCGAUCUUUCAUAGUAAAAG